AUGAGCAGUAUUACAGGAGGAGAGUUAUUCGAUAGGAUUGUGGACGAUAAGUUUGACCUCACAGAGAGCGAGGUCAUCAGCUACAUGAGACAGAUCUGCGCAGGCGUACAACACAUGCACCACAAUAACAUCAUGCAUCUUGAUCUAAAACCCGAGAAUUUCAUGUGUGUAAAGAUAAUCGAUUUUGGAUUGGCAAGGAAGUAUGAACCGAACAACGACCUCAAGGUUUUGUGUGGAACGCCGGAGUUUGUUGCCCCGGAAGUAAUCAGCUUCGACGCUAUCACCCCACUGACAGACAUGUGGAGUGUUGGGGUCAUCUGUUAUGUAUUGAGUGGAUUGUCACCUUUCCUUGGAGACUCGGAUACAGAGACACUGAACAACGUCACAGUGGGCGAGUGGGACUUUGAAGACGAGGCAUUUGAUGGCAUCUCCAACGGGGCAAAAGAGUUUAUCUCCAGCUUACUGGUCAAAGAUCAAAGGUAACAAAAUCAAAUAUUA